AUGCUCAGCCUCCUCAUUUUGCUAUCCCAACUUCUCAACGCCGUUUUCGGCCUAGAGAUCGUCUACAAUCCGGGCGAGCCGGGAGUGGCGAUGAGCAACCCGGUGUUGCUGCAGAAGCUGCGGGCGCUCUUCAAAAGCGAUUCGCUGAUCAAGGGCGGCCCCAUCCAGGCAUAUCUCCUCCCCUCGACGGAUGCCCACCAGAGCGAGUACUUGGCACCGCACGACUUUCGGGUAAAAUUCCUGUCCAACUUCUCCGGCUCGAACGCUUACGUCGCCGUGACUGAGAAGGAGGCCCUUCUUUGGACUGAUGGCCGAUAUUUUGUACAGGCGAACAAGCAGCUGAGCUCGGACUGGAAGCUGAUGAAGCAGGCGCAGCCCGACUCGAUCACCACCGAGGACUGGAUCGUCCAGAACUUCAACGCCGGCGACCGCAUCGGCUUCGACCCGAGCCUUCAUCGAUAUGAAGCCGCCGCAUCGAUGAUCGAGAAGUUUGCGCAGAACAAAAUCACCGCCGUGCCCAUCGAGCAGAACCUCGUCGAUCAAUUCUGGGACAGCCGGCCGCCAGCGUCGGAUAAGAAGGUGAUCGCGCUGAACGAGACGGAACACGGCCGCCCCACCACCGACAAACUCCGCGAGCUGCGCGAAACGUUGCGGAAAAGAAAAGCGCAAGCCAUCGUCCUCUCUGAGCUCGACGACGUCGUCUGGCUGUUCAAUAUCCGCGGCGCCGACAUCCCCUACAACCCGCUCGUCUACUCGGUGGCGUUCAUCACGAUGGACCAGGUCCACCUCUUCAUCGACCCGAAGAAGACCGACGACGCGGUGACGGCUCAUCUGAAGGAGGCCGGCACCGAGCUGCACCCGUAUGAAGCCGCGACAGAAUACCUACGCUCAUGGCACGAACAGCACCAGGGAGAUGUUGGAUAUAAGGUAUUCAUCCCGUCCUCAACAAACUACGCACUCGGCUCGCUGUUCGGCGGCAAGCAGAACGUCACCCUCGGCACAUCACCCGUCCAGAUUACGAAGGCGGUGAAGAACAAGGUCGAGCUGGAAGGGAUGCGAAAUGCCCAUAUUCGCGACAGCGCAGCGCUCAUCGAAUUCCUGUUCUGGCUGGAGGGCGAGAUGAAGGCGGACAGUAAGAUCAACGAGCUGGAGGCGGGAAAGAAGGUCGAUCACCUGCGCUCGCUGCAGCCCGGCUUCGUCGACCUGAGCUUCGACACAAUCUCGGCUUCCGGUGAACACGCUGCUCUCCCCCACUACAAGGCUGAUGAGGAAUCCGGGAAGCAGGCUUUGGACCGGCAGCACGUGUACCUCGUCGACUCGGGCGGCCACUACAGGGACGGCACCACCGAUGUCACUCGCACAGUUUGGUACGGCUCCGAGGUACCCGCCGAGUUCAAGACGCACAACACCCUCGUCCUGAUCGGCCACAUCGACAACGCGGCCGUCAAUUUCCCGGAGGGAAUUCUUGGUAUCCGCCUGGACACGCUGGCACGUGCCGCCCUCUGGGAGAAGGGCCUCGAUUUUGGGCACGGAACCGGCCACGGUGUCGGUCACUUCCUCAACGUGCACGAGGGCCCGAUCGGCAUCUCCUACCGCACGUCAAACCAGGAUGGCCAGCUGAAAGCGGGACAGAUUCUGACCAUCGAACCCGGCUACUACCUUCCCGGCAAGUACGGCAUCCGCAUCGAGAACUGCUACGAGCUGAUCAAGGCGCCGCAGGAAGGGUUCCUCGAGUUCAAGGCGCUCACUCUCGCCCCCAUUCAGAAAGCGAUCAUCGACAUCCCGCUGCUGCAGCAAAAGCACAAGGAUUGGCUGAACGCGUACCACGCCCGUGUGCUCGACGUCGUCGGCCCGUACCUCGAGAAGACCGGCAAGCGCAACGAGCUCGAAUGGCUGAAGGAGCAGUGCACACCGCUG